UUGUUCCUUAGUGGUGAACGGAUUGCUUGGGGUUUGAAACUGUCGGCUACUGUUUCUGUUCUUUUCGUAAUAAGAUGGUUGGAUCCUUUGUUUGUACUGAAAACAGUUUUGUUCGUUAUGAAACGUUUUCAUCUCCCUCCGAUUUUCAAGGGCAGAAUGUCAGCACUAAACUGUGUAAGGAGAGCGUCAAGCCGUGCCAAUACUCAUAUCGGAAAAAGGGAUGUCGUGGUAGCUUCGAACUGUGGGAAGGUCAAGGACAUGGAAUUAGAGCUUUCUCAAAGAGUAUUCACUGCUUCAUUGUCCCGAAUCUCUCAUUUAAGUGAAUUAGUAGCAGAUUUACAGGCAGGAGAAUAG